CUUUAACCAUGCUGUGUGUGUGGUGGGGAGGGGGGGUGCACAUGUGUGUGUGUGUGUGUGUCUGAGCACAAUUCAUGCCUGUGUAUCUGAGUGUGUGUCUGAGGCUUCCUCAUGGGUUACUGUGACCUACAGCUGCAUAUUCAGCUCACAUCAAGGCAAACUGGCAACGAGAACCAACACAGGAGCAAAUAGAGAGAGAGAGAGAGAGGGAGAGUGAGAAAAAGAGAGAGGGAGGGAGGAAGGAAAGGAGUGUGAGCGAGAGAAAGAAAAAGAGAGAGAGAGGAACACGAGGAGUGAGUGCUCUCGUUAAAAGAAGCACUUUGAGAGAAGGCAUUGAGGCGUCGAAGGGGAAAGAGGAACUGACCAGUGCGCGUGUGGACACUGCUGCAGCUGGAACUCGAUUUUUCAAUGUUGGAUUAAACCUGUGCUGUAGUGCUCAUGCGUGAUCAGUUGAUGUGGUUGUAAAGCCUGAUGGCCAAACUUUAUGACCAGUAUUUACACAGGUCAACUGGCCAGGUUGAUUAAUAACUCGGUCUGAAGGUCAACGCCUCCUCGGGUGCAAAGAUCAUCACACCAGGGCCUCUUUUAGCCGAUAGGCAAAACCAAUAUCAGCGCCAGGCGGCAGAGCUGUGUUCACUGUCCCUGCUGAACAGAGAAGAAUGGAGUGCUGUUGUCUGACGGUAUGUGUUGGUACAGUCGCUCUUGUGUUUGCUCUGUUGUGGUGGUUCGUCCCGGCUGUGAAGAAGACGGCUUUUUGGGUGCUGAUGUGGAAUGACUUCAUCAUCGAGCGACUCCGCGAUAAGUUCACCCAGACCACGCGACCUCAGCGGAUGCUGAAAGCGGUCCAGAAGAACGCCACUAAAGGAAAUCCUGACAGUGUCAUCUCUGCCAUCGACUACUACUGCAAGCACUCUGAAUGGGCCAUGAACGUGGGAGACGAGAAAGGCUCCAUUUUGGAUUCAGUGGUCAGUGAGGUGAACCCCAGCAUGGUGCUGGAGCUGGGCACAUACUGCGGCUAUUCAGCGGUCAGAAUCGCCCGUCUACUCUCCCCUGGCUCCAAACUCAUCACUGUAGAGUUCAACCCAGCCAACGCUGCCAUCGCCAAGCAGAUCAUAGCCUACGCUGGAAUCCAAGACAAGGUCACCCUGGUGGAGGGUUCCUCUGGUGAUUUGAUCCCCAAAAUGAAGGAGCGCUUUGGCAUCACGACGUUUGAUUUCAUCUUUUUGGACCACUGGAAGGACCGUUAUGUUCCUGACACUGAGCUGCUUGAGGAGUGCGGCCUGCUCAGGAAAGGCACAGUCCUGUUGGCUGAUAACGUCAUCUGUCCAGGAGCACCAGAAUACCUCAAGUACGUUAGGAACAACCCUCGCUACGAGAGCCGAUACUACCCAGCCCACCUGGAGUACACCAAGGUGGAGGACGGCCUGGAAAAAUCAGUCUUCUUGGGUUAAAGAGAAAAUGAUGGAGAAGUUUCUAACAACCUACAGUAGCUCUACAUAGACACCAAUCUAACAACCAAAAGAGUCAGAGAAAGGGUACGGAGACUGUUAAGUUCACUAAGCUUUGAAAAAGUGUUAGAACUGGCACGCACAAAAAAAAG